AUGAAAUAUGUCCCACUCUUUGGCAUCACCGCCAAAGAGCCACGCUCUGAACAGCGAAGUACAUCGACGGAGUCACACUCCAACCACGAAGAGCCAUCAACGGCACACCACGCAGAGUCACACUCUGAUCAGCGAAGGACGACAACGGAGUCACACUCCACCCCUGCCGAAAAGCCACAGACGACAGCCCAAGGAGAGCCACGCUCUACCCAUCGAGGGCAGCCAAGGGAGCCAUGCUCCGAACUCGACGACCAGCCAAGUACCUCACCUCGAGCACUGUUUCGAGGCACAACAUCACCAGCAACGGAGAACCAGCCGCCCUGUUGGAGACAGGCUUUGCCCGUGGCAGAUGCCACAGCCGCGCAACGGAAUCCCUUCCGUACCUCCACAAAACGUGUCCGCUUCCAGGAUCACGUCGAGGAAACGCCGGAGCCAAGCCCGCCCCUAUGCGGAACCGUCAAUUCGGUGAGUCAUCCCACAAAAGAUCAGGUCUCUUUCCAGACAAAGGAACCCGAGACGCAGGACUUCCCCGAGCCUUGGGUGAAGGAGUUUCUGGACCAGGAACUGGCCAAAUUUGAUACUCUUUCAGGGGUAUCACACAUCGCAGAGCAUCGCGUCUUCAUGCGCACCGAUCAACCCCUUAAACAGCGACAACCGCCUUCAGCCCGCCUACCACAAGGCACGACGAGCCACGCGCUCCACAGAUUCCGCCCCCACCGAGGCCAACCAGACGAUGGACGGACAAGGCCAUCCGCCGACUCCCGCCCCGGCGCCACAGGACACUGCAUGGAGGUACGGUGCGGUCGACGAGCUCCUACAGGCGCUCCACGGCGCCGGCCAAGCCAGCCGCUUCCCAGCGACAGCCUCGCCGACCCCUUCCGGCCACGGGCUCUACCCGUCGAGGACAUCACCAUCGACGCCGACGACAUGGCGUCCCAGCAUACCAGCCCCAGCGGGCCACGACCACUCCCUCUGGAAGUCGCCCACCACCGCGGCGAUGACGAGGAGGGGUGCCCAGGCACAUCGGCCCCAUUGGGCCACAACGACUCCAUCCAGAAGUCGCCCACCGUGGCGACCGUGGCUGGAUCUUCGCCGCUACAAGGCCGGGCCCCAGCCACCACCAGUCGCAGCCGAUCUCCUCCGCCCUCGUACGAGGAGAUAUUUGGCCCAGGUCCCUACGCCGGUCCUCACAUCACCGCCCGAUGCGCCGCGGUGACCCCCAGCCGCGAUCCUCGACCCGGCCUGCCCACCAUUGCGGAGCUGGCCGCAGAAGAGGCGCGCCGAAGAGCGGAGGACGUCAGCGAGGAACUCGGCAACCCACCGGUUGCCCAACCGCCAACGAAUGGCCCACCAUCACCGACCCCGCGCCGCCGAGCACGGCGCCGGAGCGCACCACGGGCAGACAGCCCGCCCAGCUCAUCCGACGAGUCAUCAUCGGACGCCGACGAGGGAGCCCUCAACCCUCCCCGCUGGGCACCGGCCCCAGUAGAGUGGACCACACCCAACGGCACAUUGCCGGCCGCCCUGCUUCGCCGGAUACACGGGCGCCUGGCAGUACCGAGGCGACGGACGAUCCGGAUCCUGGAGGAGGAGGCGAACCAACGCUUCCGCGUCCAGAUAAACCGAAGUGGGAAGGUAAUCGUCACUCUCCAUCCCUCCCGAAGAUAG